GAUAAAAACGCUUCCUCCCUCUUAGACGCAUGUCUGCUCGAAAUCAUCACACCACUAUGCGGUCCUACGCUUUCCUCUCCGUUCUUCUCCUCUGUGGAGUAGCAAUAGCCCUACCGGGGGGCUGUGGUGGAAAGCUGGGAAUUCUCAACGUCACGUCACCGGACUACACCGGCCUCGUGUGGACGUGUGCCGGCAUCAACCCAGGUUAUCGUUCGCUCUACGCGUCAGGACAGAACUACCUCUACGCCGCCGAGACCAAGGCCAACGUAUCUGCCUGUGCAAACUUUUGCGGCGGAUUCGGCGGAAUGAAUGGCGCCGUCUUCUACACCAACAAGACCUGCGCGUGCUGGCAGUAUGGAGACCCCGUCACGAGUCCCUCGGCAGCCGAUUCCAGCUCUGCCAAUGCCACCUACAUCGACUUUUACGAGACGGGCCCCCUAUACCGACCGGCUGAGCCUCAGCACUGGGGUCUUUUUACUUGUCCCGCAGGGGCGUGGUCGAUACACGGGACCUAUCCGACUUGCUAUCCGCUGAAUUUCAAACCUGCCGGGCCACCGCUGGUCAAGCUAGGAGAUCAGGGCUCAGCCUGUGGGGGUAUCUGCACGAGGGACUACAACGCUCACUUUGCCGUCUUGGAAAACUGGGGAAACUGCAGCUGCUAUGGGAGCCUUGGUGGCCUCCGAGUCGCCUACAAUUAUACAUCACCAUACCAGCUGAUAGAUAUUUACGAUUUUGUAUCCCAUACCACCAGCGCCACAAAGACAACCACCACUAAAAAGCGAACUUCAACCAAGAAGACAACCACCGCCAAGAAGACAACUACCACAAAGAAGCCAACAACCACCAAGAAGGCAACCACUACGAAAAAGACCACUACAAAAAAGUCAACGACAACUAAAAAGUCAACGACCACCAAGAAGCCAACAUGAACAUCAACCACUGUUAAUUCCACCAAAAAACAUAGGCUACACCAGACGUACUUCCUCAGCCAUCGCUCUAACCACCCCUACCAUUACCGAUACCGCGGAAAAUUUUCAACAGUAACGAAAUGACGAGAAUAAGUAGUCGUGUUGUGUGAAUAGGUGGCCUCCUUUGUAUAAUGAUUCAUAGCGGGCUUCUCAAAGAAUACAACAAUCUUGC